CCCCACGCCGUGCCCUCCGUAGCUCGGAAGAUGUAGUCCGGCGAUGGCCUAGAGGAUGUCGUCGCAGGUAGAAACGGAGGACGAUUUGCCACCCGCUCUCACCGCGCAUAUCGUCCGGUACACGGUGAAAAAGUUCUCCGGGGGGAGAGAGGACCUGCUGCCGGAUGACAUCGAUGAUCCUGAGUUGCUGCUGCGGUCCUUGGUUCGGAAGUAUCAGUUCGAGUUGACUGCGGCCAAGAGCACUGAGUUCCGGGCACAAAGAGAGGCAGGGAAGCUCCAGAAGCAGGUGAGCUCGCUGCAGGAGGCGGGAGAUGAGGCGCAGACCUUGGCGAGGGAGGCGAGCUCUAAGUUGGCCUAUUCCGAGCGGAAGCUCGCGGACUACCGGAGCAGGAUUGCCAUGCUGGGGAACCGCUGGGAGUCCAUGACCGGCUUCACCAACGAUGAGCUGGAGCGGGACCCCAGCGCUGCGGCCAAGCGCUUCAAGGGCGAGCUCCGAGCAACGCAGUCAGAGAUCUUCAGCGAGCGGAUGACCAUCAGACGCUUGCAGAAGGAGCUGAAACUGGUGAAGGACAGUCUUCAGGUCUCUGAGGGAAGCUUCACGCAGCUCUAUGAGGAGCUCGUGGCAACAAGGCUGAAGGAUCAGGAGCUGGAGGGAGCUCAAAACGGCCUGGAGAACAAAGCUCGCAUGGCUGCAUUGGCCCUGCAGGAGGAAAGGAAGGCGCUGGCCGAGCGGAGCGAGACUGUCCGACAACUUCAAGCCCGGAUCCACGAUCUGGAGACAAUGGAGGGGGACGUGGUCAGAAAAAAGGCAAUCGCGGAGCGAAAGAACAUUGUGCUCCAGCGUGAAGUUGAGCAGCAUUCCCAGGACGUCAAGAGAGUCGAGAAAAAGUACCAGGAGGGCGUUGAGGUCACCAUGACAUUAGAGCAGCGCUGCCGGGAGGAAGAGGCCAAACUGAAGGAGGAGACUUUGAAGGUCGAGCAGUUCGCCAAGCAGCUGGCGGAGGAGAAGCGCUGGACCACCCUUCUGAAGCAGGACCUGGCCAAGGCUCACGCAGAGAUCGAGGCCAUCCAGGACCAGAAGAACGCGCUCUUCAAAGAGAGCAAGAGCCUGGACAAGAAAGGCAUUAUGGAAGGCAAGCGUGCCAGGGAAGCCGAAUCAGAGGCCAAGAAGGUCCGGGAGCUUCUGGUCGACUCCUCGAGCUCGCUGGUGAGCACUACCCACGAGCUCACAGAUGAGAAGCAGCGGGUGACGGAGCUGCAGAAGCAGUUGGAACACACGCAGGGCACCUUGAAAGAGUACCAGGAGUUGGCGGCCACGCGGAAGAACAUCUUGGAGGGAGUGGAGAAGGAAGUGCAGGAGCAGAAGCAGCAGCUGAAGGAAGCUGAGGCGAGGGAGUACUCCCUGGUUCGCGACCUGAAGAAGACCAAGGUCUUGCUCACGCAGUCCAUGGCACGGGAGAAGGAGUCCGACGCGGAAACGGUGCGGGUUGCCAGCUCGUUGGACAUGUCCCAGCGGGAGUUCAGGAAGGUGCAGGGCGAGGUGGGGGGCCUGGCCAACUCCAUCGAGGAGCUGCAGCUUCAGCUCGAGGACUCCAAGGAGCUUGUGCGAAUCUACCGCCAGCGGAGCAACGACUUGGACCAGGACCUAAGGAAGGCGAACGAGCGCAUCACUGAGACCCAAGAGCGCGAGUACCAGCUGAAAGUGGAGUCCAAGAGUAUGACGCAAAAGCUCGCGAAAGAGCAGGAUGUCAAUGCGGAUCUCUUGGAGAAGGUAGAGCUCAUGAAUACCCAGCUGCAGGAGACCCAGCUCAAGUACGCCGCCAUCAAGAGCCAGGAGGAGGACCUGCUGGAGCAGAUCAGCAGGCUCAAGGAGAAGGUCCAGGAUGCUACUGAGCGGGGCGAUAUCCUGGAAAGGGGUCUGCACCACUCAGAGACCCAGCGUGAGGUCUUCAAAGACCAGGCCACCAAUCUGAAGGAAGAGGUGCACGAACGGCAGACCAAGCUCCGGAGCGCCAAGAAGGAGAUCCAGAUGACGGUCACGGACCUCGAGAGCCUCAGGGAGAGUCACGAGCACAUGGCGGAGGAUCUCUCAAAGACCAAGAAGCAACACUCCGAGAUCGCGCUGAAAGCGGAACUCUUGGAAUCGGAGCUGUUGGAGGUGAAGGACAAGCUUAAAAUCAAGGUUCGGCAGGUGGCAAAGCUUGAGACAGUUGUGGAUGAGCUCAAUAACAAGCUGGGGGACGCCCUUUUCGAGAUCACCGAGGAGAGGCAGAAGUCCAAGACCUGGGUCGACCAGAUCGCGGAGAAGGAUGCUAAGCUGAAAAAGAUCGAACACGAGGCGUACUUCUCCAAGGAGUCCGUGUUCCGCGUUUGCGACGACAUCAAGGAGUUCCAGGAGCAGCAAGAGAAGCUGAAGCUUGAAGGAAAAGGCUUGGAAGGUGAGAUAGAGACAUGGCAGCAAAAGUUCGAGGAGUCGCAGGUGGAGGUGGCGAGGCUGAAGGACAUCAACUGGCGCAUCGCGCAGGAUCUGGAGACCUCCAAGCUCAACCUCAGAGAUGUGGAGGCCAUGGUGAAGAAGACGACCACAGAGCUCAAGUCCGGCAAGGGCCGCAUGGUGGACGCGGAGGCCCGAAAUAUCGAGCUCAGCUCCAACGUCUCGAAGCUCAUGGAGGCUUUGAUUCAGGCGGAGGCCCGCGAGAAGGAGGCGCUGGAGAUGCUGGCGGACGGCAAAGGUCUCCCGCAGGAGAAGAAGAAGAAGAAGGUCAUACGCACCAAAACCAGCGCCAGCAUGAACUCGGCAUCAUGAGCGCUAAGCGGAGACCUCACAGGACUCUCUCUCUCUCUCUACCUUUGCGGUUCCUCAUUUGCACACAAUCGACUGCAGUGGUUAGAACGCCU